AUGCGAAAUGCCGUCCAAAGACGGAACCACCGCGAGCGUGGGCAGCCUGAAGAACGAGCGAAAUGGGGGCUGCUAGAGAAGCAUAAGGACUACUCCGCCCGCGCUCGAGAUUUCAACCAGAAAAAAUCGAAGCUCAAAGCCCUCCGGCAAAAAGUCCUCGACAAGAACCCAGAUGAAUUCUACUUUGGCAUGAUGUCCCGGAAGGGACCUGCUACGAUGGGAAAGAACAGAACCGGGACGGUCAACGGGGAUAGAGGGAACGAGGUGUUGAGUCAAAAUGCCGCGAGGUUGUUCAAGACGCAGGAUUUGGGAUAUGUGAGGACGAUGAGGAAUAAGGCCCUUAAAGAGGUCGAGGAGCUGGAGAAGAGGAGUAAGGGCAUUCAAGGAGAGGGAAAGAAGAUGAUUUUUGUUGGUGACGAGGAGGAACAGAGACGGAAAUUGGAAGAUGUCGACAUGGAUGAGGACGAGGACCAAGACGAAGACGACAAGGCGGCAAGAAGACUGAGAAAGAUGCAAGAAAAGGAGGCGGACAAAUUAGAAGCCAAACUCACAGUUGCGAGGGAGAGAUUAAAGGCUUUAACGGAUGCAGAAGAAGCGUUGGAGUUGCAGCGGGCGAAGAUGGCGAAGUCACCAACGGUUGGAGGAGUCACAAAGCAAGGAGUCAAAUUCAAGGUGCGAGAACGCAAGAGAUAA